UGUGAGACGUGAAUCAGUGUAGUACAAUUUUAACGAUAUACAUUUCAAUAAUAUAAUUCCUGGGAAAAAGUACUUUACACAGCUAUUAUACAAAAUAUACGAAACAGUAUUUAUAUAAGAUCAUUAUGCGAAACUUAUUAUUAUUUAUUUUCGUUCGAGUGUUUUGAUAAUGAGAAGAAAGACAGAAAUUUCAAAGAAUAUCUCAGAUUAAAUAAACAACACUUGUUACGUGCUGUCAAGCUGUCUGAAUUCAAAUUGUUCCUAUUCAUACGUUUGAUUAAUUUGAACGAGCCUUUAUAUUAGAUGUUAUUCUUAUCUUCAAUUUUUUAACCUCUUCCUAACGGAAGACGAAAUAUCUCGCAACGCAAUGUCGUUCGUGAUACACUUUGGACGAGAUAUGUUGCAACGUAAAAUCAUUUGUGUGAUGUUUUGUACGAGAUACCUGUUUCGCGAUGCAUUAUUGGAUACUGCGUGAUGAGAGUCGAUAAAGAAGGAGAUGACAAUGUCGCAUUCGGUAACCAUUAGAACUCAAACGGUAACGAGCGGUUCCACAUCAGUUAACAUCAAUACCGGUUAUUUAAAAUCCUUUGGCGGUCUAUUUAAAUUGUUUGAAGUGGCACUUGGAGUUGUGUGCGUGGCAAUAGUAGCGAACAACUAUGACAGCUACGUAUACACCGCAGAACUAUUCUUCCUCCUAAUAACAACGACAUUUUUGAUCGGUACCUUUAUUUUGCUUCUAAGUUGCUUAGCUUCCCUUACAACGUCCACUAUCAUUGCGAAGACUGUUUAUGAACUUCUUUAUCACUCUAUAGCAUUUGGAUUAUAUUUAGCUGCGUCUUUAACAUACGUUGUGCAUGUGAGUAAUAACGUGAAAGGCCGAAGAGGAUACGAAGUAUUAAUGGCAGCGGCAAUUUGUGGCCUUGUAAAUUCAGCGCUAUAUUUUCUCAGUACGAUCGUUGCUCUUCGCACGUACAGAAUACAUUAACAGUGCCUUGUAACAAGAAUUCGGACAAGUUUUGAAAUCAUAUAUUCAGCUAUCGUGUUUCAUAUAUUUCGCAAACCAUCGAGUCGGGCAUUGUUCAAUUAUAUAACGCGACACGCCUUUUUAUACACUGUUUUCAAAUUUAAUAAAAGAUAUUUUUUUGUAUGGUA